UUGUUUUGGAUCUCUCUCUUUUUUUUUUUUUCCUCUUGUUUUUUUAACGGUUUGACUCUGGCAGUAUUAUCUGUUUUAUUCAUAGACUUUGAUCUUCUUGUUCUUUUCUUUUCUUUUGUUUGCAAAGAACAGACAUUAAGGUGCUUUUUCAGGAAUUGGGUGGAGUUCAGAUUUUCUUAAAAAACAAGAGAUUGGUCUGUGAAAGGGUGGAAAGGUUGAGGAAUUGUAGGAAUGGCAGGCGGUUUUGUGGCAGAUGGGAAGCCUAUGAGAGCGGAUCUUUAUGAAGGAAGAAUUACUAGUUAUUUUGUCUUUACUUGUAUUGUUGCAGCCCUUGGUGGAUCUCUCUUUGGUUAUGAUCUUGGAGUUUCAGGUGGGGUUACGUCCAUGGAUGAUUUUUUGAAGGAUUUCUUCCCAAAAGUAUAUAGAAGGAAGCAGGAACAUCUCAACGAGACGGAUUACUGCAAAUACGAUAACCAACUGCUCACUCUCUUCACAUCUUCUCUCUACUUUGCUGGCCUUGCUUCGACGUUUGGGGCCUCAUACCUUACCAGAACAAGGGGAAGGAGAGCCAGCAUCCUCUUUGGUGCAGUAAGCUUCUUCUUGGGUGCAGUCGUGAAUGCAGCAUCUGUGCACAUCUCUAUGCUCAUCAUCGGCCGUAUCUUUCUUGGUGUCGGCAUCGGCUUCGGCAAUCAGGCAGUUCCUCUGUAUCUAUCCGAAAUGGCACCUACAAAACAUCGAGGGAAAGUUAAUCAGCUAUUCCAACUAACGACUUGCCUUGGAAUUUUGGUAGCAAACAUCAUCAACUACUUCACUGAUAAGAUCCACCCAUGGGGAUGGAGAUUAUCCCUUGGUUUAGCUGCGGUACCAGCGACUUUAAUGUUUGUUGGAGGCCUUUUCCUCCCUGAAACUCCUAACAGCCUUGUAGAACAAGGAAGACUAGAGGAAGCCAAGAGGGUCUUGGAGAAAGUUAGAGGCACCCAGAAAGUCGAUGCGGAAUUCGCCGAUCUCGUGGAUGCUAGCGAGGCUGCACGUGCUAUAAAGCACCCAUUUCGGAACCUUCUCAAGCGAAAGAAUCGCCCACAGUUAGUGAUAGGAGCGCUGGGGAUCCCUGCAUUCCAGCAACUCACUGGCAUGAACUCCAUACUCUUUUACGCUCCUGUGAUCUUCCAGAGCUUGGGUUUCAGUUCUAAUAUAUCUCUGUACUCGUCCAUCAUCACAAACUCGAUGCUUGUUCUUGCUACUUUGGUUUCGAUGACUGUGGUUGACAGGCUGGGAAGGAGAUUUCUGUUCAUAGAAGCUGGUUGCCAAAUGAUAUCAAGUAUUCUUGUUGUUGCCAUAGUUCUGGCUUUGAAAUUUGGCAAAGGGGUGGUCCUCCCAAAAGCAGAUGGUGCUCUUCUGGUGGUCAUGAUUUGCUUGUUCGUCUUGGCUUACGGGUGGGCAUGGGGGCCUUUGGGGUGGUUAGUUCCGAGCGAGAUCUUCCCAUUGGAAACGAGAUCUGCGGGCCAGAGUAUUGUGGUGUGUGUUAAUCUCUUCUUCACAGCAGCAAUUGCACAGUGUUUCCUUGCAUCAUUAUGCCACCUCCGUUAUGGUGUUUUCAUAUUGUUCGCCUGCUUAAUUAUCGUCAUGACCUCGUUUAUUUACUUCCUCCUUCCUGAAACAAAGCAAGUCCCCAUCGAGGAGAUGGCCUACCUUUGGGAGAAUCAUUGGCUCUGGAAGAGGAUUGUAUGCACGCCAGGAAAUAAGGCCAUGACAGAUGUUUAGCUUCAAUAGAAAGAAGACUGGUGUUGAACUUUGAUCUCAUUUUUUUCUUCCAACAAGUAUAAUAUAUGCUCCUGUCAUUACCAAAGGAGUGAGAUUUUAGAAAUUUCUGGGGGAGGACACCAUGUAGACAUGUGUUCUUUCUUAAUUGAAAGAACACAUGUCUACAUGGUUUAAAUUUCUAAAAUUUUAAACAAAGUCCUUUGAAGUAUCUGUUAUUGUCUUCAGAAAUUCUGAACAAAGGUAAUGUGUUUGGGUUGGUUGGUGUUUUAUUGGAAAGCAUAUAAUUCUAAUCU